CUGAGGUGGCCUGUAGCCCCACCCAGCCUGCCUGACUCCAGUCCUAUGCUUUAUCCUUGAGACCACCCUUCUUGGCUUAUCUGGUGCCCUUCAAAGACAAUAUUUGGACCCUCUAAGGUAUCAUAGAGUCUAUUGCCAGAGACUUCUUCAACAGUGAAGUGACAAUGGAAAUUCUUACUCAGAGUGAAGAAAAGGAACGCACUGGGAAAAAGGAGCAUGUUAUAUUUCUUGUUCUGCAGAAGGCUAAAAGGCCAAAGAGAAAAACCAAAAAGAUGACAAAUCCAGAAAGCGGAGACUCCCACAAAGAUAAAGAGAAGGCACUAGCCGUAGCUUUUCAGAAAAUGGAGAACUAUUCUGCUUUCUCGUGCUGCCCAGAAAAGAAAUCCCACUGGGAUAUUGUGAGAAGUGUUGUGAAAUUUGGGAAAGGGAACCUGUCACAUACUUUUGACCCAGUUUAUCCAGAGAGGCUUUGGGUGGAAGAGAGAACAUUCUGUAACGCUUUUCCUUUCCACAUUGUGUUUGAUGAAGAACUAAGGAUCAAGCAGGCAGGUGUGAACAUUCAAAAGUUUGUGCCAGGACUAUGGCGACCAGGGAGCAGAGUAGAUAAAUACUUUACUGUUGUCCAUCCACAAGUUAUCUUCACCAUUUUCAGCAUAAGGAAAUUUAUCAACAGUCAAUUUGUCCUCAGAGCACACAGAGAAAUGUUGCCUGACUCAUGGAGAAACCAACCCAUGCUGAAGCUCCGAGGACAAAUGAUCUGGAUGGAGGCCAUACAGUGCAUGAUGUAUCUGUGUUCACCAAAGCUCCGCAGUUUAGAGGAGUUGAAGGAACAAAAGAUGCACAUCUCCGACAUUGCGCAACAUGACGCAACAAGGGACCUCAUUCUCCUGAACCAGCAGCGUCUGGCAGAGAUAGAGCUGUCCAACCAGCUGGAGAGAAAGAAAGAAGAGCUAAGGAUCCUCUCAAAGAACUUAGAGGCUGAAAGGAAGAAAACAGAAACCUUGCUGUAUGCCAUGCUGCCGAAACAUGUAGCCAAUCUGCUCAAGGAGGGCAAAAAGGUGGAAGCAGGGGAAUUUAAUUCCUGCACGAUUCUCUUCAGUGAUAUAGUGACAUUCACAAAUAUCUGCUCAGCCUGUGAGCCUAUCCAAAUCGUGAACAUGCUGAAUUCCAUGUAUUCAAAGUUUGAUCGAUUAACCAGUGUUCACAACGUGUAUAAAGUUGAAACAAUAGGCGAUGCAUACAUGGUAGUUGGAGGAGUCCCAGUGCCUAUUGCCAGUCACGCCAAAAGAGUGGCCAAUUUUGCACUGGGUAUGAGAACUGCUGCCACAGAGGUGAUGAACCCAAUCACUGGAGAGCCUAUUCAGAUCAGAGUUGGGAUCCACACAGGACCAGUUUUGGCUGGAGUGGUUGGUGAGAAGAUGCCCAGGUAUUGCUUGUUUGGAGACACUGUCAACACAGCCUCUCGGAUGGAAAGUCAUGGACUUCCUAACAAAAUCCAUCUCAGCCCAACAGCAUUCAGAGCUCUACAAAAUCAAGGCUUCGAAAUAGUUGAAAGGGGAGAAAUUGAGGUGAAAGGCAAAGGAAAAAUGACCACCUAUAUUCUGAGGCAGAAUCUAUAUGCAACUGAGAAUGAAAUCAUGGGGAGAGCAGAAAAGCAGCACUCCAGUCACACGGAUCCGACGGAGGCAGAUGAUCUGGGAAAUCUAGCCAGCAAGACUAUUGCUGUUAUGAAGCACGCUGACAGCCAGCAGCUGCUCACCAGCAGCAGCCUUGCAUAUGAGACUGAAGUCAGGCUGUAUAAUGGAGAGCGUACAAAGGGUGAUGCAGAACAGCAGCUUUCAGAUCAGACGAGGACACAGCACUUCAGUGACGGCAAUGCACAUUCUAGGUUUUGUGUUUUGUUGUAAUAAAAGGAAAA